GGGUUUGGAUGAGCAGCAGGUUACUUUGAUCCUGCAUUGUGCAGAGUUGGAGUGUGCAUUCUAUCCAGGUAUAUUGCAACGUUCUAAUAUUCAGCCCAGGUGUCUGCUGGGAUUAAUAUACUCCCCUGUAGGUGUAUAGGGAGUACUAAAAUGCCUGCAUCAUAGUUUAAUAUGAAUUUAUAAUCUGUUUUUUGUAAAAUCUCACAUUGCUGCUCUUUGAAUAUAGACCUAAAUCUUGGUAUUUCUCUAUAUUUUUUAAAAUUUUUCCCCAAAGUUAUUUUUUUUUUUACAUUUUUUUUUAUUAUCUAUCACCCCUACAGUCUCAGUAAUAGCAAACCUUGGUACCCCAGAUUUUUGUGGACUACAUUACCCAUGAUGCUUGCCCUUUAAUGUUGGCUGAGCACCAUGGGAAACAAGUAUUUGGGGUGCCAAGGUUAACAAUCAAUGCUUUCAGAACCUUUACAGAGACUGGAGAUUUUUCUGUUAAAGAAGUAUUGGCUGUGUGGGCUUUUACUAGGCUACACCUAAUAAUAUUGUAAAGCGCUACGGAAUAUGUUGGUGCUAUAUAAAUGGUGAUAAUAUUCUGUGUUGAUGGGCAAUGCAUGAAAAGUGCUUCCUGCAGUAGGUAACAUUUCAGUGUUGAGGAAGGAAAUCGGGUAAUAAAAAAAGUGAUCCGAUAUUCCAAACCAGCUGCCUUGUUUAGUUUUAUUUUCCUCUUGCGUUAUAUGAAUGCUGCAUUCGGUACUGCUUAUCCACACAGAGAAGCGGUAGGUGUCCAGGAAAUGAUUUGGUUAAAUGUUUACAAGUAGCUGGAGAAAAAAAAUGUGUAUGCAGAACUUUUGUGUUUUUAAAUGGACACACUAAGCAAGAAAACUGCUUAAACCACCUAUCAAUAAUUUUAUAAACUUGCUGAGGAUAUAUUGCAAAGGUUUUUCAGAACCAGUCAACCUAACUUGUUGCGGCAAAUUAAAAUGUUAUCUGUAUUUUUUAUUCUUUUCUUUGGAUCACCAUUCAUCACCAUCGCCUCCCGCUCGCAUCCUUAAAAUAUUUUUUUUAUAAGUAUAUGUGAUGACAAAUACAAAAUCCAUUCACACUUCUUGUCUCUGUAAUUGUUUGUGAAACCUGGGUAAAAUGGAUGAUUGAUCUUGUUGGUGUUCAAUUUUCAUCCUUAUGUUAAUUUUUUCUUUUUCUUAAUUUGUUUUGAUCGAUCUAUAUAUCUUGACCCUGUAAUGAAAGGAUGUCUCAGCAGAGAGUGCUGCCUCAGAGCAAGGAGACGCUCUUACAAUCGUACAACAAGAGGUUAAAAGAUGAUAUUAAAUCUAUUAUGGACAACUUUACUGAAAUCAUCAAAACCACCAAGGUCUGUAUGCUCUGUAGAUGCAGAAUAUCACCAUUUUUCUUGGGUGUACUUUACUGAUGUCCCAUACUGCUGUCAGAAACAGCCACACGCACUCUGAACAUCACAGUCAUGAAUGGGAGUCACAGGGAAAAGACUGUACUAAACCAAGUUAGUGUGUUUUAUACAGGUCUUCAUGGCUGAAUCCUUUCCUGGCUCUUUGUGUGCUUUAUAGGAAUUCACGCUAUAAUUGGUUUACAAUAUUUUUAUAAAUUGUGGCGAUAACAUGCAAAAGUAAAGAUAUAAAUAAGGAUAUCAGAAAAAUCUAAUAAAAUAUCCCCGUCUUAUUUUCACGAAUGUGCUAUCAAUCUGCUGUUUACCCACAGAACAGGAGAAGGCCAAGUUUUUUAUUUUUUUUAUUUUAUUUUUAUAUUAUCAUAGUUUUUAGUGGGAGUUUUACAGCCUGUUUUUGUUUUUUUUUAUAAUUGUGAAUUACCAUUUUAAAUGACAAAUUAAAAUUUUUUGCGUGUAUAUAAUGGGUUUUGCCUCCUGACCGCUCAUGUGUUCUUGCAGAUUGAAGAUGAGCAUCAGGUUAGCCGAUCAACUCAAGGAGAGCAAGAUAACUACGAAAUGCAUGUCCGGUCGGCUAAUAUAGUAAGUAAACCAAUAAGAAUUGGGGAAAUUAGCAGUAUAUUAUCACAGACAAAUAUGUAUUCCUAAUGCUAUAGAGCCCGUGUCACCGUUUAGGUCACUAGGGCCCCGUUCCGCGGUUAAUAAAUGGUUAAUUAACUAUUUAUUUGCUUACCUUAAUCCAGCGCCGGGCUCCCUCGGCACUGGUGACCUCUCUUCCUCCAUCGAGUGGAGCCGAAUGCAAAUGCGCGGCCAGAGGCGCGUGCGCACUCAAACUCGCUCAUAGGAAAGCAUUGAAUAAUGCUUUCCUAUGGGGAUCUUCACGGAGUCCAGCGUCAAAUUGGUGCGAUUUACUCCGUGUGAAUCGUGGAAGUGGCCUCUAAUUGCUGUCAGGAAGACGGCCACUAGAGGCUGGAUUAACCCUGCCGUGUAAACAUAGCAGUUUCUCUGAAACUGCUAUGUUUACAGCUGUAGGAUUAAAGCUAGGGGGACCUGGCACCCAGACCACUUUAUUGAGCUGAAGUGGUCCUUUAACCUAAUGCUAAAUUAUCUAAUAGCACUAGUGCCCUAACUACUUGUAUACAACCAUUCUUUGUUGUGUUUGGCUGUUGCUCUGAAUGUUAUACUAUAUAAUCCCUUCACUAUAUGUUGGCUAGGUUUUUUUUUUUUUUCAGGAGUGUCUCUAUCUGCAGAUUCUGGAAUUUGCAGUUAUGUUUGUAGAUAAUUACCCCAGCUCAGAAGUGAUUUGACAAAAGAACUGAGACAGGUCCCACACCCUCUUAACACCAUAACCACUACACCUCACUAUAGUUAUGAUGUUUGAGUGCACCUUUAACCAGUUGGACUUAAAUUUUCCUAUUUGCAAUCUGUUUAUUCACUGGCAGAUUCUGAUAUAAUGUUACUAGGAGCCGGCUAUCUACAAGCCUGCAGCUGUGUUGACCGAACUCUUUAUCCUUCAUUGGUCAUCAUAAGGUUUUGGCUCCCCUAAUACUGCUUCCUUUAAUUGCUUGACGUCUCCUUUGCAGGUGCGAGCAGGUGAGUCCCUCAUGAAGCUGGUGUCUGACCUCAAGCAGUUCCUAAUUCUGAAUGAUUUCCCCUCUGUGAAUGAAGCCAUUAAUCAGCGCAACCAGCAGCUGCGGGGUCUCCAGGACGAAUGUGACAAGAAACUGAUAUCACUGCGGGACGAGAUCGCUAUAGAUCUGUAUGAACUUGAAGAGGAAUAUUACUCCUCCAGGUAUAAAUAGGAACUUGUUACAGAGACUCACUGAUGCCUUCUACAUCUAUGGGAAGAUAUAAAAUGUUGCAACAUUGUCCUGCUUUUAAAAAACAAACAAAAAAAAAACAAAAAAAAACUGUUAACUUAACAAAAUGUUCUGCCCACAUCUAAAAGAUGGUGGCUAAGGCAAUUUAUUUUCUUUUUCUGAUUUUCCUGAAAAACGCACUUUUUAAAAGCUGGAAUUUAAUGAGCGAUUAACUUUAUUUUUUAAUUUUUUAUUUUUACUUAUUUUUUUGCUCAUUUCAACAUACAAAAGGUUUUAUCCAAAACGCAAACAAAAGGGUUGUUUUAUUUUAGAAAAUACUUUAUGUAAUUUUUAAGUCAUGGGCUAUGUAUAAUGACAUAGGUGUGCGGAAGUUGAUAUUUAAAAAUGCCUUACUGGGAGUCAAGUAAUGUAAGUAUCGUCUGUACCUGCUCCUGCAGUGACUCAUUGUCAUAUUGAUAUACAGGUAUAGUCCGAGUAGAAUUAAACCCCGCUUGGUAGAAGAGCAAUAGGUUUUAAUUUAGAGUAAAACCAUUGCCCCUUUUUCUUUUUUUUUUUUUUCAAGCAAAACAUAUACUCACAAAUUCAGUGAUGGCUAAAUAUCACAGGGAUAACUAAUAUUAGUCUAUUGUGGAUUUUGGAAACUUUAAUUUACUACAGUUGUAAACUAUUGUGUCUGUAGUUGGGUAAUAAGACAUGUUGAGCAGGUACAGGUGGGAAAAAUUGGGUGAGACAAGUAAUGGACAAAAAGGCACACAGAUGGGCUGGGACAACGACCAAUAAGCACACAGAUGGGAUGGGAGGGUGGCAAAGAGACACAGGGGUUUGGGGGCAAAGAGACACAGGGGGUUGGGGGGCAUAGAGACACACGGGGCUAGGGGUGGGAUGGGGGGCAUAGAGACACACGGGGCUAGGGGUGGGAUGGGGGGCAAAGAGACACAGAGGGAAUGGGGAAAGGGGAGAGGCAAACAAAGUGGAUGGGGGUGGAAGACACAAAGUAGACACACCGAAGGGCUGGAGGGGAGAAAGAGCUACACACAGGUGCUUUGAAGGAUGAGACACACAGAGGGGGUGGGAAAAGGAAAAAAGAGACACACACACACACAAGGGGUUGGGGGGAGAAUGAUACACAUAAAACUGGCAAUUUAGUUUUUUGGGGAAAGUUUGCAAGUAGGAUGGUUCCACUGCUGUCACACCUGGUCUCUGGAUCUCCCCUCCCUUUGUCAAUUGUCUCUAAAGCCAGAAUGGCUAAUCAUUUUGUUUUAUAAUUAUUAGUAUUAAAUGGAGAAUGGGUUUUCUAAAUGGGAAUCUUCUAUUUUUAACUUAAACUUGCUAACAACAAUAUUUGUGCAAAACAAACAGGCCAUAAAUUGUUCAGUUUUAUUUCAGUAACUCUCAGUGAGACUCAAAUUACUUGUCAGUUUGUUACUGGUACCUGGUUAUGCACUCCUGCAACAUUCACUUAGACAAGUGCAAUUUUUGUGUAUUUUUAUUUUUUUUGUAUGGGAGACUGUUUAAAUGUCAUUAGUUAUAUGAUUUUACCAAUUCGUGCCUUCAUAUAUAAAUGGUACCUGUGCCUUUUAAAGGGUCAUAUUGGGCACUAAAUUAAUUUCAUCUCACUGAAGUGGUUAUAGUGCCUGGUGUUCCCUACUACUUUCCAUGCAUUUAAUUUUAAAUCCAUAUUGAGCACUUUUAACAUUGAAUGAUUUUCCUCACCUGCCCACGGCCCAGCCCCCACUUCAGGUAUGGCUAAGUUAUCGUUCUUACCCAUGCCAGUUCAUACCUGCAAUUGACAUUAUGAUUGGCUGAGAGUGAUUGUUGAUACUCUCCAACAAUCACUGCAGCCCACUGCUGCUUGGGCUCCAGACACUUCGGUGAGAUGGAGCCGUUACAGUGGCUAUUUUGUCCUUUUAAUCAUACUUUAUCAUAAUAAUGUUGCCUUUUAAAAUUUUGUUAUUUUAACCCUUGUCAUGUAUGUCCAAUAAAUGGAUGCACUAAUUGGGUUACAGCAUUAUUGACCCUUUUAAUGGAACAAAGGGUCUCUAGCUAUAUAGUUUAGCCUGUGGCAUUUGGGGGUUUUUACGAGGCCAUGCCCAUGUUAAAGGACCACUAUAGUGCCAGGAAAACACUAGUUUUCCUGGCACUAUAGUGCCCUGAGGGUGCCCCCACCCUCAGGGUCCUCCUCCCGCCGGGCUCUAGGGGGUGGAAGGGGUUAAACUUACCUCUUUCUCCAGCGCCAGGCCAGGAGCUCUCCUCCUCCUCCUCUCUUCCUUCUUGGCUGAAUGCACAUGCGCGGCAAGAGCUCCACGCGCAUUUAGCCAGUCUCAUAGGAAAGCAUUUACAAUGCUUUCCUAUGAACGUUGGUGUCUUCUCACUGUGAAAAUCACAGUGAGGAGCGCGGAAGCGCCUAUAGCGGCUGUCAGUGAGACAGCCACUAGAGGCUGGAUUAACCCUAAUGUAAACAUAGCAGUUUCUCCGAAACUGCUAUGUUUAUAGAAAAAAGGGUUAAACCUAGCUGGACCAGGCACCCAGACCACUUCAUUAAACUGAAGUGGUCUGGGUGCCUAUAGUGGUCCUUUAAGUUCACAUUCUUUUACCAUCUGGGUGGCAUCGCCAAGUGUAACAGAAUUAUAGCAAUGGGGAUUCUUUGCCUAUCUUGUUUUAAUAGGAAAUUUAGAAAUGAUGAUGGCGCAGUAAUUAUAUACAUAUAUUUUGUUUUAUAAAAUUAUUCUUUAUUGGUGUGCUCUUAAUUCACAGUUUUGCUUAAUCUAUAAUUCGCCCCAAAAUCCAAAUUCUUUUUUAUUUUUUAUUGUAUAUGAUCUAUAUUAGUAUUUGCUUAUAUAAUAUAUGAAUCUAUAUUUAAAUAAAGUAAUCCAUGUAUUAACACUGAAUGACCCUUCUGCGCCAUAUUUUAAGCUAUUAAAUGGAUAUAUUUUCAUAAAUGGGAGAUAUAUGUUUCGGGCGAGCAGUGCAAUUUCACCUACACACGGUGCGAGCCAAAUCAUGUGCAAAGUCUGUAGAAAAAUGUAAUAUAUUUAGGGAGGAUUUGUAUCCUCUAGUCAGGGAGAUUCUAAUACCAGCAAUGUACUGGUCCCCAUCUCAGAAUGCGUUAACCAAGCAUACUUUUUGCUGGGAUGAUGAGCAGUGCAAUCUAUGGGUACUACAGCCCAAAGACACAAUCUGACAUCAAUAUAAAAAGAAAAUAUUCCAUCUGUGUGUGUGUAUGUAUAUAUGUAUGUAUGUAUAUGUAUAUAUAUAUAUAUAUAUAUAUAUAUAUAUAUAUUUUUUUUUUUUUUGGAGAUGAGGUUAUUUAACUUGAACCUUUAUUGCCAGGUUCACCUAAACAGGUAAGUUCUUGAGAAGCAUAAACCUAAAUUAUAUAAAUUUGCUGUCGGAGCUGUAAGGCUUUACUGCAUGUCAUUGCUGCUAAGAUCAGAGGCAUGCUGGUGUCAUGGUAAUGCAAUACCCACGCUCUACUCCUGCUCCAAAGCUAACUCUGGGCACCUUAACGACUUUCAUUGGAAUGAAGUUGUUCUGGUGCAUGGACGUCUUGUUCGCUGACUUUGCUCAAAGGAUUAAACUGUUGAAGAAUGGUUUAACCCCAAUGUCUUGAAUCCAGCACCCAUCAGCUCUGCUCAGCUACUUCCGUUGCAGUCCGAGACUUGCAUCAGGUAUCCUCUGACUGGGAACUUCUGAGAGCGUAUGUACGUUUCCCAAUUUGUAAAUGGGGACUAUAGACUGGCUGAGAGCCUCAGCUGACACACUCAGCCUAUGAGUGGCUCCCAGUCUGAGGCUUCCUGGGAAAUAGCUGGGCAUAGCUGAUGGGGCACCGGAUUCAAGACUUUGGUGUUAAACAUUCGUUAACAGUUGAACCCCUGGAGGCAAGCCAGUACCUAGGGACCUGCUCGCACUCCAACAACUGAAUUCCGAGGAUGAUGUUAUGGUGCCUGGAGUGUUCAUAUAAUAUUCUUAAAGGACAAUUCUCCAUGAGAUCGACAUAGUAGUCUAAUAGCCAAUCUGCAUCAGAAAGGAGUGACCGUCUUUAAGUUUCUUUAUUCUAUAAGUGCAUCUUCUAUAGACUGUUUCCUAAGAUUUCCCUGACGUAAUACUUAUAGGGUUGUUCAAGUGUGAAUUGUUGGAAAUGCAAAUUGAAUCCAGAGUGGAUUUCAAAUUUCAUGCCAAACUAAACAUUUAGCUGAUGGGUAGAAUCUUUCCAAAUUGGUUGUUAUGGCUUUAAAUCUGUAUCUGUAGGCACUGAAUUCUCAGGCACUUUAACUGCCCCUCAAAAUACAGUUCCCUUGUUCCAUGAUUUGGGAGUCCAUCUCUUACUGAUAAUAUGUAUCAAAAUAUAUAUAAAUAAAUGUGUAUUUAUGCUCUUGCUAGGUUGCCUAGUAACAAAUCUGACUGCCCAUAACCCCCUAACCCUAAACCUGCCCAUUACCUCUUAAUAAGCCAUCCUAAACCUUUCAUUUAAACACCCACAAAUGAGGUCACUAACCCCCUCAAUAAUAAUCCUUGAUCCCCAAGGCCUACUCCACCACCGCCUACCAUCAAUCGUUCUCCUAAACAUCUACUAACACAAAUCCCAGCUCACAGUUGAGUUAGGAUUAGGGGUUUAGAAACAAGAUUAACUUUAGGUUUUUUGUGUUUUUUUAUUAUACCCCCUUUGGAUUCUUACCCUUGGCCUAAUCUAGUGUAACACGCGGUGUCUGUGUAUCACCUGUCACCUCUAUUCCACGAGGCAAAUGCAUUACUUGUCUACCUAAUGGCAGUGCCACUUUGAAUGUAUUUACAUUGUGUCCUUGCUUAUUGGCACCACCUUGAGGAUUGUACUCCACAUUGCAGGAAGACUUCCAAUGCUCAUGUUGCUUGGUACAUUGUGAGUCUUAGCAUGGUCCCUAUAAGGAAUUGUGUUAAGCUGCAAAAAAUACAAUUUCUAUUUUCUCUUUAUUGAUUUAACAUUAACUAUUUGUAUUUUCAGUGGCACAAUUUAUAUAGAGAAAGAAAAUCCUCAAUCUGCACUCUUACAUUAUCUCUGUGGUUAAAGAAAGUGUUUUUCUGCUGCUAUUUUCUUAAUGCUUUGCUUCUGUCUUGCUUUGUUUAUUUUUUUUUCUUUAUAUCCCUCCCCUCUUUUUCUCUUCUCUUGCAUCUUGCUGCUGCCCUGGACACACUUUCUGCUUUCCGUGCUUGCAUUUGUGUUUGCAUUGGGUAAGCUCUAGUGUGUGUGACCCUAGCGACCUCCCCCUAUGUGAAGCAUACUGGAACCGAGAGAACACAACACCCUCACCGCAGGAUCUCUCCGAGUCCCCCGUAGGCCUGACAGCAGAGGGAAGUGCCGCUGCAAGCCAGAUCCACACGUCUCCUCACCUAAACGGCCACGGGGUUGGCAUGCCAGACCACCCCUAGAGCUCCAUGGAUUGUGCUGGACCAAAGCCUGAAGUUGUAUUGAUCAUCUCACAGGUUUAAGAACAGACUGUUGGCAUCCUUGAAACAGGGUAAUUAAUUCUUAAGGAUCUCUGAUAUCACCAGGACCUCUGACAAGCAAAGACAUAUGUUGCAGAGUCACACAUGGCAGCUGUUUGAAUUUCAUAUACCGGUAAACAUUAAAUUAACAUUCCAAAAUGCAUUAGCAUUACGUUUUUAUGUUUAUUCUAUGCUGAUUUUUAUUUUUUUUUCUUAAAAUGAAAUAUUUGUGACCAGUGAGCAACUUUGAUGUUUUCCACAAAACGGUGAGCUGCCGUAGUUGACAAAAGUUUGAGGAGUGCUUUUAAAAAACUUUUAAAAUAAUUUUUUUUUUUUUUUUUUUUACCUCCCAAUCUAUUUUGGUUUACAUUUUACAUCUCUGUUGCUGAUGUCUCACGACCUCUCACUGUUCUACGUGAAAGUACUAAAAGCACCA